AAUGUGACCGUGGCAUCCAGGAAGGGGAGCUUUGGCAUGAAGGGCCUCCUCAUGGCUGCGUGGCCCAGCCUGGCUGGGCUCCCCCAGGCUGGGUGACACCCGGCUGGCUGUGGCAGGAGCUGGAGGUGCCCAGGGGGAGCACUGGUGUCCACUGUGGAGGCCGGAGCGACGCGCCCUGCUGCUCAUGCCGGCGUGGCCCUGCCAGAAGGCAGCUGGGGGCAGGACCGUCACCAGGGCCCCGGCGGGCACAGCAUGGAGCGCUCGAGCAAGAUGGAGUUCUUCCAGAAGCUGGGCUACGGCCGGGAGGACGUGGUCAGGGUGCUGGGCAAGCUGGGUGAGGACGCCCUGGUCAAUGACGUGCUGCGGGAGCUGAUCCAGACCGGCAGCCGCCCCGGGGCCCACGAGAGCAGCGCCGGGCCCCUGCUCGUUCCCAGGGGCUCCUGCGGACCCCUGGACCCUGCCCACUGUGGGCUGCCGGCCGAGCUGGAAGACGACCGUGGAGGCCCGGCCAGUUCCUUGCGACCCAUAGUGAUCGACGGCAGCAACGUGGCAAUGAGCCAUGGAAAUAAAGAAGCCUUCUCUUGUCGGGGAAUCCAGCUGGCCGUGGAUUGGUUCCGAGACAGAGGACACACCUACAUCAAAGUUUUUGUCCCAUCCUGGAGGAAAGACCCACCAAGAUCUGAUACCCCUAUCAGAGAGCAGCACGUGCUGGAGGAGCUGGAGAGGCAGGCGGUGCUCGUGUACACCCCGUCCCGCAAGGUCAACGGCAAGCGGGUGGUCUGCUACGAUGACCGCUACAUUGUGAAGGUGGCCUAUGAGCAGGAUGGCGUCAUCGUCUCCAACGACAACUACCGUGACCUCCAGAGCGAGAACCCCGAGUGGAAGUGGUUCAUCGAGCAGAGGCUGCUCAUGUUCUCCUUUGUCAAUGAUCGGUUCAUGCCUCCGGAUGACCCCUUGGGCCGCCGGGGACCCACCCUGAGCAACUUCCUGAGCAGGAAGCCCAGGCCUCCGGAGCCAUCAUGGCAGCACUGCCCCUACGGCAAGAAGUGCACCUACGGCGUCAAGUGCAAGUUCUACCACCCCGAGAGGCCGCACUUGGCGCAGCUGGCGGUGGCCGACGAGCUUCGCGCGCAAACGCGGGCCUGGCGGGACGCGGGCGCCGAGGCGGAGCGGCGGCGGGGCGCGCGGGGGGCGCGGGCGGAGCAGGGCGGCCCGGGGGGCGCUCCCGCCGCGGCCUGGCCGGCGCCCCCGGAGCCCGGCGUGCGCAGCUUGCCCCCGGCGCGGCGGGCGGCCGACGUGGCCGCGCUCGAGGGCAGCUUCUCGCGCCUCGCCUUCAGCGACGACCCUGGGCUCGUCGCGGCGCCCCCUCGGGACGGCGGCCUCGCGCCCCGGCCGCGCCGUCCGGACUGGGGGGCGCCGGGGGCCUCGGCGUCCCCGGGAGCCCUGCCCGCCCUGCCGAGCCCCCGGGGCCCGUCCUGCCCGCAGGCCCCGCCGAGGGGAGGCCCCGGCCCCGGGGCCCCGCACAGUGACCUGCUCCCGCAGCGCAGGAGGCCCGCCGAGGCGCGGGCCCUCCCGCAAGGGGCCGGCCGGUUCCCGGGCCGCUCGGCCUGGGCGGAACGCGGCUGGGACGACGGCGCCUUCGGGGGACCUUCGGGGUGCCCGCCUCCCUCCGCUCCCGGCGAGGGGGACGUGGGCGCGCGCGCCCGGGCGCGCGCUGCGCUCUGCAGCAUCUUCCCGCCGCACCAGGUGGACAGCGUCAUGGCCCUGUUCCCGGCGCUCUCCGACGUCACCCGGCUCAUCCUUCUCAUCCAGAGGUUCCAGGCGUCCGGUGCUCCUGUGGGAAAGUCCUAAGGAACUCGUCCAAGCCACCGCCAAGUCCCAGCCUUGCCUUGCCACGUGGGUCAGGGCGUGAGGUCAGCCUGCCCCGGAGGCGAGCCACUUUGCAGCCCCCUUUUCUUUCAAGAUGUCAGGGAAGCCAGCUUCCUUGCCCUCAGCCGUGCCCAUGGUGGCAGUCGACGACCCUCACUGACACUGCAAGGCUUGCUCCUGGAAGUCCGUGUCCUGCGGAAUAAGGCUGGCCCCAUCCACGGAGGGAGUGACCUCCUAUGUCUGGAAGACUAGAAGGUGCCUGACGGUUCCAAGGGUUCCCCCAGAACACCGCAGGGCUGUUUUGUCAAGCUGCAAUGGGGACCCACAAGUGGUCACAACAUCAGUUUAGUGGGUGGCACCAGAAGGAGCGUGUGUGUGCACACGUGUACCCUUGGUAGCUGUGCAAACUUAAUGUGGGUCAUGGGCAAAAGGUUGAAAAAGUCUAGUAAAUGGGCUUGACUUUUAUUGCA